CAUCUCCCUCCCCAUCAAGCCUCACGCACCACAACAUCCAUCGAUCCAGCGAUCAUCCAUCCUCACGCACACACACGAGGCAGGCAGAGAGAGAGAGCUAGGAGCAGAGAUGGUGAAGAUUCCGAGCCCGAGGAGGCUGUUCAGGAGCCGGUCCAAGCGCACGGCGGGCGGCAUCGGCGGGGUGGACAUGUGCGCCAUGGUGGCCGAGCACGAGCGGAUCGAGUGGGAGGUGCGGCCCGGCGGGAUGCUGGUGCAGAAGCGCCGGGGGCCGGACGACGACGACGUGGUCGAGGCCAUCCUGGUGAAGGUCUGCACCGCCGGCGGCGCGUGGCAGCACGACGUCUCCAUCGACGCCACCGCCACCUUCGGCGACCUCAAGGUGCUGCUGUCGCUGGCCACCGGGCUCUGGCCCAGGGAGCAGCGGCUGCUGUACCGGGGCCGGGAGCGGGACGACGAAGACCACCUGCACAUGGCCGGCGUCCAGGACAAGGACAAGGUGCUCCUCCUGGAGGACCCGGCCUUCACCGAGAGGAAGCUAAGGUCCACCACCCUCGCGCAGCUCAUGGGGGUGCCAUGCCAUUCGUUCAUCCAAGUCUAGUAUAGAACAGAUGAGCAUCUCGCGGUUUGUUUGGGCGACGAUCUGCUAGGUGUGUUAACUGAGUGUUAGCAGCGCUCAUUUCUUUCUUCAGAGUUUUUCUUGGGGGUUUAAUUCAGGGCUUGGAUUCGGCCGGUUGAAUCAAAACAUGUGUAUCGUUAGGACUUAGGAUACAAAAAAUACAGUACAGUACAUGUUGUAAAUAAAUUACUCUAAUUUGUAUAAGGAGUUCGCAAUGACAAUGACUAAGUUGUGUA